UGGCAGACAGCAGCCUAUUGGCGGAUAGAGCAGCGGCUCGACUCGGUUCUGAGCAGAGUUCACGGGCAGCACGGGAGCCAUUGAGAUAAAUUCCGCCAUCCAGGGGAGAGCUUGUCUGCCCAUAGGGACAAGAGAGGGUAUUUCUUUGUGUGAGAGCCGGCGCCCUGCUGCUUGUAGUAAAAGUACUAGAAAACUCCGAUGGUGAGAGGAGGGGAAGCCCCAGACGGAAUUCCCAGGCCCCGCCUACCGGAGUAUAAAAGCCUGGGCAGACUCGCUCUGCACUCACUCACACACAGACUGCAAUGCGCGGUAUUGGCGCCUCUACUGCAACGUGACCACCGGACUGUGCUCUGAUUGGCGGUCUCUGCAACUGCUGCUGGAUUGGUCACCGUGUGGAUUUAGGGAGUUGCUUGUUGUUGUUUCAGCUCAGUACCAUGUCCUCUGUCAGUGACUGCAGCACAGACGCCCUAUUGGCCAGGUUCAAACUUCUGGAAGAGACGGUGGAUAAACUGCACAGGGAGAACAGAAGUCUGAAGAAAAAGCUGCAGAGCUGUCACACCCUCAACACUUUCUAUAAUGAAGCCAAACUGGAGGUGAAUAGCCUGAAACAAAAGCUGCUGCUCAAGGAAAGUCUCAUCCAGAAGCUGAGGGACAAGCAGCCUCUCCUGGGCCCUGAGGAACCUCAAGUCUCUUCUUCUCAGUCUUUGGUGGAGAGUUUGAUGGAGCAGUUGUCCUUAAUGAGGAGCAAACUGAGGGACACAGAGAGGACUUGUGAGGAGAAGGUGGAAGCCCUGAGCCAGGAAAUUAAGAGACUACAUCAGCAAGUGGAAGAUAAGGAUAAACAGGUCCAGCAAUAUUCCAGUUGGCCACAGCACGAGAAAGAACUGGAAAUCUGCCGCCUUCAGCAAACAUUGGCUGAUAAAGAGAGGGCUCAGGCCACCAGUGAAGUCCUGUGCCGGUCCUUGUCCGACGAAAGCCAACAACUCCGUCGCAAGCUGGCCGCCACCGCAGAAAUGUGUCAGCACCUGGUUAAGUGUCUCGAAGAAACACAGAGAAACUCAAAUCGAAAUGUGGAGGAGGCAAUACACACAGAAAGGCCCAACAAGAUCCUGAAUCUAGACGGCAGCAAUGAGUCAUCUCUCGGUAAACUUCAGGAAGAGAACCGUUUAUUAAAACAGAAAGUUGUUCAUGUGGAAGAUUUAAAUGCAAAGUGGCAGAAGUAUGACACCAGCAGAGAGGAGUAUGUAAAGGGGCUUCACCUUCAGCUGAAGGAGCUUAAGGCUCGUAUCGACCUAAGGUCGUCCCAUAGUGCUCACACCCAUGCGGAACUCAUGCAGAAAGAGAUCAUCCGGAUGAACAAACUAUUGGAGGAGAGGAUGAAAGAGUGCACCAAACUUAAACUGGAGAACGAAGAAAUGAUUGGUGCAAGAAUUGCGGAUUCAGAGCGCAUACAAGUGCUUGAGCAGCAGUUGCUAGUUUACAAAGACGAUUUCAUAUCUGAGAGGUCAGACCGAGAGAGAGCGCAGAGUAGGAUACAAGAGCUCCUGGAACAGAUCUCCUCCCUUCAACGCCAAACACGAAGGAUGGAUGAUCGAGAUGCGGCUGGGAAUUUCCACAUUUUUAUCGGCAACAAAAACAAAACCUUUGUGAAGAAGAACACGACAGAAGCCCCGAGGGGCAGUAGCCCUGAGCACACAGAGGGCAGGAGACAAGUAGCAGCAGCAGCAGCAGAAGCAGCAGAAGCACAGAGGAACUCUACCUCUGACAGACGAGCUCAGGACGAGCUCCAGUGCCCUCGCUGUUUUAGGAUUUUCAAGGACAAACUUGGUGUCAAUUUUCUUGAACACAUCUCCGAUUGCUGCCAGUGAACGCAGCUUUUCAGUUGGUCGCUGUUUACUUAACCACUACGAGGCACGGGCUUCGAUGGUCCUGUGUGAACCUUGUCAAAUCUGUGCCAAAAUGCUGCUACAUCCUUAGCUGGGUCACUGAAAUACUGUAAGAAAGGAAUCAAUUACUACAUCAAUACUUGAAUAAAGGAUCUAAACCUACAAGAGGACAAGGAUAAUCUAGGCACGUGGUGCAGGAAUGGGUGGAAAGAGCU